CCCCUCCCGGCCCCCUCGUUUCCUGCUGCUGGGUGGAGGCCGAGGGAGAAGGUGGCGGUGGAGGCGGAGGACGGAAAGGAAAGUGCCCCGAAGCUGGCGACAGAGAGGCGGCCGCCGCCCCCCUACUCGUCCCUGAAGGAAGCCGAGGGCCGCCGCCCCCACCACCACCUCCUCCUCCUUCAGCGUCCUUGCCCCCCCUCCCCCGCCCAUUAUUUUAUUUGCCUUCCUCCCUUUCCUCUUCAGCCACUUUACCUCCCUCCCACCCACCCUGGGACAAUAGAACAGGGAGAUGUCCUCCUCCGGCGGCCACCAGCACAGCCAGAGCCGCGCCAUCCCCACCAGGACGGUGCCCAUCAGCGACUCCUCGCAGCUACCUCAUGACUAUUGCACCACGCCCGGGGGGACCUUGUUCUCCACCACUCCUGGAGGUACCCGAAUAAUCUAUGACCGCAAGUUUCUCUUAGAUCGCCGCAAUUCUCCCAUGGCUCAGACUCCCCCUUGCCACCUUCCAAAUAUCCCAGGAGUCACUAGCCCUGGCACUAUGACUGAGGAUUCCAAAGUGGAAGUAAACAAUCUGAACAAUCAUGAUGGGAAGCCUACAAUGGGUGAUGAUGCUCAGUUUGAAAUGGAUAUCUGAUCUUCCUUGAGAGUAACCAUGGAGAGACAGCAACUCCUGAUCACCUGUGCACAUCUGAUUUGGCCAGCAGGAUCAAUAACAGAAACAUGGAAGAAGACGCUGUUUUUCAUUUGAAGCCCCACUUCAUUGUUUGAAGUGCCAAAGGAUAAGAGGACUGUUUCCCCCCUCUCCUUGACUCUCUUCUGCCAUGCCAUGUUUCCCUUCCCCCUGGUCCCCCCCCUCUUCUUUUGAACCUCUCAUCUCCCUGGUCUGUGACUGAAUUGAAGCCCAUGACACAUUUAUAGAGCUAAGGAAUGCACCUUGGCUUCUCGCACUUUAGAAACAACUUAUCAAAUCAGACCCACGCGAGAAAGUACUUCCAUCAAUGAUUGGAUAUGUAUUGGAAAACAUAAAAGGGCUACGGAUGGGUGGAUCUAUGUUUGAAGGGACAUGACACUGCCAUUGCUCUCUCCCUUUACUGCUGUCAACGUGUUCCCAAUUCAUGCCCCAUUUUCUAUGUUUUUACUGCUGUGCAGGAAGCACUCGCUUGGGUUCUGAUCCCUGUUCCUUAGCUUUCCCCUAGGAGUUACCGUCUCCUUACAAAUGGGGAUACGGUGGGGUUCUGUCUUCUGGAAGAGCAGUGCUGUGGUUUCUUGUUCCUUUGGAACAGCUUUACGUAAUUUACAGUGCAGUCCUAUGCAUGAUUACUCAGAAGUAAGUCCAGCUGAUUUCAAUGGGACUUAUUCCCUAGUAACUGUGCACAGGAUUAUAGUCUUAGAAAGAACCAUCAUUUCAUACAUCUUUCCAUUUUGUCCCAGUGAGUGCCUCCUAAAAUCUCCUAUUUUUAAAAGCUUGUCUCUUCAAUUACCUAGUGAACAUCAGUGUUAAAAGGGGAACCACAUUUUGUUCCGAUGUAAUUUGGAAUUAUCGUGCUUGAUGGUCCUCUAUGCUUUGUAUCCUUGGUCUGUCUUUGGUUUUUGCUGCUGUUAUGCCUACUGGAUUCUUUGCAAGUCUACUAUUGUGCCAAAAGGAAUAAUUGAAAUGACCUGGCUAUGCUUGACUAGAAUGGGCUUGGAAAGAGUCCUGAGUAGGCUUGGGAUACCCUAGGAAUUCGGUCUGGACUACACAUGCAACAGAAUGAGGUGGUAGAAUGGAUUGCACCACUUCAGGCUAGAGUUAGGAAGUACCAUUUUUAAUACUCUUCCAUGUAACACCAAUCAGUUCCUGCAAGUAAAAAUAUUGCAUAUCUGAAAGAGAAGUUCUAGCACAGUCCUUCCCUCACCCCACGUAGUGCUAGUUAAUACUUGCAGAGAGUAUUGUUGUAUUAACAACAGAAGUAUUCAUAAGUCAUUUUCUUAACUGUAGUCUGAAGUGGUUCCAUUCAUUCUGCCAUCUCAUGCUGCAUGUAUAGACUAGAGUAACUGAACUCUUGGGACGUGCAGUGCUGAUUUCAUGAUGUGUGACUUCAGAGGAUAUGGGGUGUUGGGCAAUCAAAUAGUUAGUGGACAAUUCUAUUUCCCUGUACCACAAAAAGAACCAAAAAUACCCCCAUUAAACUAGCCAAUAGAAAAAAAUCACCACGAUAUGAUGAAAAAUUACUAUAUUGGAAAGUAUAUUCAAUAUGGAUCAAUUGGAUAUAAGUAGAACAAUGAUAUAUACAACAACAAACAAUAGAAUUCACAGUAGAAAUGACCAUGUGAAAGAUAGAGUCCAUGGACUAUAUAUCAAAACAGAGCAAUAGAGUCUAUGAUGAAAUUCAUGGUAAAGACAUCCACACACUACGGUGACCUCCAUUUUGACAUCACUCUUUAUUAAGUGCUGAUGAACAUGGAUCUUGUGAGUUGACAUAAAUCAGUAUACUCAAAUUUAAUUAUCUUUAUUGUACUACCUCUUCUGUUUCUAGAAAAUGCUCUUGUGAAAGUAGGUGCAAAGCUUGCUCCCAUAUUGAUCCAUAUUGAAUAUACUUUCCAAUAUAGUAAAUUUUCCAUCAUAUUGAGGUUUGUUUGUUUUUUGGUCGGCUAGUUUCAUGGGGGAUGUUUUUGGUUCUUUGUGUGGUACAUGUAUAUAGAUCCCAGUAUGCUAUAUUUUUUUGCUUCAGUUGUAUUUCCCUGCACUUCUCUUUGGAAGAAACGCACCCAUGUACACUCUGUUGUUUCACUUGAGAGUACCACUCAUGUUCUCUCUAUUUUCACCAUCUUGUUGCACAUUUCCUGAAUUCACACAUUGCUAAAAUCAGCCAGAAGAGCCAUCACAUUAGAGCCGGUCUGGGGCCAGUUACAGCAUGCAGAAAAGUGCCCUUUUGUUACCAAUGGCCUCUCUUAAUUUGUUGCCCAUGUCCCAUCUACAUGCUGGUUGGUACUGCAGAGAGAGGCUGUUUGUGAUGGGAAUUCUUGUACAGCCACCAGGCUAACUUGUGAUAAUGCCAAUUGCCAUGGGGAGGGUGGUUGGAUCAUUCGAAUUCAGCCAGUGGAUGAGUUCAUAGAUAAUUUACCAUGCCACCUGAUAAUCUAAAAUGCAUGAAACUGCUUCUCCCUAGGGAUGCAAUGUUAACAGUUUCUAUACUAGUACACUUGCUUGCAAAAAUGGCAAGUGGUAGACAGCAUCUUAGAUGGGGAUUUACCCUUCUGAGAUUUCUUUAAUCAGGUUAUAUUCACUUUCCCAUUUAACAGAUAGUUCACCCUUGCCUCUGAUUAUCUCAGGCAUCUCCCAGUAGUGUAACUGAUUCAUAAAACAGUAUGGCACGAUGGCCACUUUUGUGGCGAAAUCUCAUCCCACUUGUAAUGCUUGAAAAAGAGAAUAACAGGUGACAAGCAGAUAAUGUGAGAAGUUCUCACAUUUGUGUUGUGGGCCCAUCCCAAAGUGGGUGCAACGCUGAUGUGGCAACUUCCCACACUCUUUUCCAUUGUAACGGGAGCAGUAUGGGACCCAGCUACAGGGAAAUGGCAGCCACCCUUUAUGCCUGAAAACUUGUUUCUGAAUGUCCUAUAGCCUUCAGAGGCAUACCUUCAGGAGACAGACAGCUGUAAAGGGGAAAGUGGGUGGGGUCACUGGAAAUCUCCCCUUCUCUCCCUGCGUAUGCAGAAUUCCUCUCACACAACUCUUACUUGGUAAGUAAGGCUGUGUUUGUAACUUAAGAAUUGGACCCAGGAGACAAACUGAGAAAUUGGUUAUCACCAUAUCAGAUGGCAGAAAACACCAAUUCAUUUCAUGAACUUACCCUAUGUCUGACCCUUGGGAUGGAAUUCUGCCUUAGUUCUCUUCAUACAGUGGCAAAUGUCAUACUUGCCUAGGUUUGAUAUAAAGGGAGGGGCCGCUGGUCUGGUAAAACCAUCUUGCUUGCUCUCUGCAUAUAUGAUAGUUUGGAGGUAGGGGAGGAAAACACAAUGCAGGAAUGUGUCUUUUUUGUUCGUUUGUUUUUUGCCUAGUCUAAAAUGUGAAUAAUACAGGAGCAAAUUUGCUUUGUAACUGUUGAUCUCAGGAAUAGGGCUCUGUUUGCAGUGUUUCUGGGGAAAGCAAUGCCACCUUUAAAGUGGUGGCGAAAACAUGACUAAGCUGUGAUCUAGUAGUGGGGAAUGCUCUUUAGGUGCAUAUCCUGAGUUUGGUCAGGCUAGUUCUGAAGUGCACUGCAAGUUCAGCCUGGAGUCAGAACACAGUUGGAUUUCCAUCCUGCCUCUCUCACAAUCACCAGCAGUUGUUUCUGGAACCUCACCAGCUAUUCUGUUGACCAGGCAGAAUGGAUACAGCUUUGCUCUGCAGUGCUGACAGUAGUGGAACUCAGAUUUGUCCAUGAACUAAACCGACUUUGGUAAGGUGAAGGGAGAUGAGAAUAAGGAGUAUUUCAGGUGUUGCUUACAGCUGCUUUUCUCAAAAUAGUAUAGACAUCAUUUUGUUUUGAGCUAAAGGGUUGACUUCAGAGCCUCCCGCCUGCAGCCCUCAAUCCUUUCUCCCUGCCACCAAUCUAGUUAUUAAGAAAGAGAUUUGGCAGCUUCAGCCCUUCCACAGCACAGAAAAUACAUCUGAGCAUAAAAUGCAAGAAAACUUUCCAUGUGCCACAAGCAAUUUAGCUGCAACUGCUACUCUUAAAGAUUGCUGUUUCCUGCAUGCUCGUCAGCAAACCAUAAGAGAGAAGACAUUUUUUUCAUAGUCCAAAUGCAGACCUGGGAUUUGGAUGGUCAGAUUUCCCUUGCUCUGCUGCAGGCUUCUUGUGACUUGGGGCAAGUCAUCUAAUCUCUCUGUGCCUCAGUUCCCCAGUUUGUAAAAUAGCCAUUUCCUACUUCAUAAGGUUCUUGUGAGGAUAUGCUUGCUUGCUUGUAAAGCAAAUGAGUGCCAUGAAGAAGCCAAUUAAUCUUGUUUUCUUGAAAUCCAGCACAAUAAUUUAGUCAUGGCCAUGACAGCAGAAAAGAUACUUUCUAGAAAUGUUUAUAUCAUCUGUCUAGGACCCUGAGUAGCAACUAAUCUUAACAGGGCAGUGUUGUUUUUUAAAGCUCUUUAGCUGUAUCUGAGAUCAAAGGAGAAGAAAAUGGCUGAUAUACAUCAUAAGACUGUGGGUCCUUAGGAUUGAGGGCUGUCCUGGGGAGCACAUGGAAAGCCCCUGAGGGCUCAAUUGGGGGAUCCACCUAGGCCAUUAGCUUGCCUGUCUCUGCACUACCUGGACAUACAGUAAUGCUGUGAAAUUUGGAGAUUGACUCAAUACGAUUUACACAGCUGCUCUUCUAGUUGUCCCAUUUGGAGGAGCGUCAAGUCCUGUAAUAUUGAUGUAGAAGCAGUUCCGUGUAGAACCUUCUGCAUCAUUUUAUUGAGAGCUGCGAUUCUGUGCUGCUGGUUCCUGAAGGGUGGAAUCUGAAUCACCAGCAGUUGGGAGGGAUGAGAAAAAUGCAGAGUCAAAAAUCAAACUGAUUUCCCUCAAGUUGUAUUGAUUGAACAAUCAGAACCAAAGGUUCAAUGGCUUGUUUUAAGAUGUCAGUGACUACUUAAGAACAAAGAUGUAUGAAAUUGUUCUUUUUUGUUAAUUUUCUGAAAUUUACUGUCUGCCUUAUCAUUGCAAUUUGGAAUAUCAAUCUGCUAUUUGCAGUGAGGUUGGGCAGUGGAAAGAGUUCAUAACCUGUUUGGCCAUGUAUUAAUUCUCUGUUUCUCAGGCUGCUAUGUUUUGACACGCAUGCUGCCGGAUGAUACUUUUUAAGUAGUAACUACAUAUUGUUCAGCUUCCUUAUUUGAGGGGAUUAUAAAUUUGUAGACUCUAGAUUACAUUUGUUGGAAGCUUGGAAAGAGGGGAUAGCUUGUUGUUAAAAUCUAAAAUUCAAAUGUUAGCUUAAUGAAAUUAAAUACUGUGGUCCAGGUGAGCUUAUGCUGAGAUGGAACAACUUUGAAGUGGUUUUCCUGGUCUCUGGAAGCUUCUCUGCACUUUGGGGUGGUGUAGAGGAAACUUUGGAUUGUACCCAGCCAUUCUAGCAGAUAGUGCAUUUCUUGUUAAUGUUUCUUCUUUUGAUUGUUUUGGGAACUAGUUUUCACCCCAAAAUGCAAUCAAGGCAAGGCAGUAUAGUCAGCACCUAAAAUCUGCGAGGACACUUUUAGAAGCAUUCAUCCUUCCAGCUUGCAAGGGAUGCUACCCUCAGCUUUUCAACUUACUAUGCAUCAGACUAGGUUUGUAAAUAGCCACUCCCUUAGCUGUUUGAGGCAAGUAAAAGUUGUCUCUCAGUCACCAAAUGGAAGUUUUUACAGAAGGUGAUUCUUUCAGGCCACAGAUACCUAACAUAGACACAUAUGGGCAGAUAGUCUUGUGGACUGCUGCAAGGCUAGAAAAGGCACAACACCAGAUAACCCAAAACAUCUUCUUGUUGAGCUCUUUUUGGUGGGGUUGCCCAGAAAUACAGGAAGUACGGGUGGCGGCGGGCACACGCACAGCCCGUACUUCCUGUAUUUCCGGGCAACAACGGGAGCAGGGGCGGCAGGGAGGAGCGCUGCACCCUGAAAACAUUUUUUAAAAACGGAGUGCUGGCGGCGGGGGAAGCGGCGGGAGGGGUAAGUGCAGCCCCUCCCCCCUCCCCCCCCGCCGGCGUCUUGCAUGGCCUUCAGACCAGUUCAUGCACAUCCCUAGGAAAAUGCCUUUUAAGUGCCAGGGAAUUGAGAUGUAUCAGUGCAACCAUCUGAAAAUAAACAUGGAAACAAUCACUUCCUUCUGUUCCUGUCUGCCUGGCACUGUGUCCAUCAGCGUGGGUAUUUUAUUAAUUUGGAAUGGAGAAGUGGGGCCACUAUGCAUAGAGUUGAUGCUCUGAGAAGUAGUUUUGUCUGGUUUAAUUGGCCCUUUUCAUUACACCUUGGUUCACACUCUAGUCCUGCAGUGGCAGGGCUAGCUGGAACUGAUGAUGAUAAAUCCUUUUUGCUUGAGAAAACUUUCACACAAAUUAAAUACCUUUUUGCCUAGUGGUCUGCUGAGCCUCACUCCCUUUGACUUGGUAGUUUCAUGGUGUCUUUAAAAAGCUUAAAUACUGUUUAGUUUUGUUUUCCUUUUUUCUAAGGAAAGAAUAGCAACAGGGAUCACAAAGAUUAUAUUGCUUGCUAGUUUAUGGAUGUGGCUGUUAUAGAGGUAGCAGUGCCUCUAGGAAAUCUGCAUGGCCUACAAAACUGCCUUAUACCCCCAUGCCGUGCAUGUUGACUCAGAAAAAGUAGAAGACCUACUGAGUUCAAUGGGACUUGCUCUCAAGUAAAUGUGCAUAGGAUUCCAGCCUAAGUGUAUUGGUUUGGUUCUUGAUUUCAGUUUUGCACUUUAAUUAGCAUAAUGUACCACUACGCCCUUUUAAUAUUUCAAAAUUGAGUUUUUGUAAAUCUUCAUUGAUGUGGAGUCCAAAUGAAAUCCAAAGGUCCUUACAUCCGUAUAGCAGCUUAAGCUAAUGGGAUUGAUUACAAACCUUUUAAGGAAAGUUGCACUUUUUUACAGUCCAGUUUGUGUUUUUUAGAAGUGUAUUGGAGCGAGAUUAAAUCCCUAGCAGCCACUCAAAAUGUCUGCUACUGGUUUUGCUGGCUGUAAUUAUUUUACUUGAACGAUUUCUGUCUGAUAGCUGAAUGAGUAGAAAAGCCUCAUUCUGGAAAUAACUUGCCAUCCAUGUUUCAGACCUACUCAAACUGCAGCACCUUGAUCAGUGGGAUAGCCUUGCAUUGUAUCCCCCCCCCCCGCACAAAAAUGUCUUCAAAGCUCGCAGCUGAUUGGUGGUUUGUGCUUGCUUGCUGCUGUUCUCUGUGUGUGUGUGUGCGUGCAAUCAGUCCUUCAGAUUGGAGUCUGUCAGAUUAAAUUAGUAAUGCUGCAACUAAUUAAAAAAACAUUUUGAUUGACUAGAUAGGGGUAGCAACAGAUUUUUUUAAAAAUAUUAAUUCAAGUACUUUAAAAACUGCAGAUUACAAACACUAUCUUAGAGGAGGUAUUCCCUCCAGUGUGUGAGUGGAGGGAGAUUGCUAAAAUGGUGUCGACUAUGACACAUGAGUGCAUCAUUAAGAAUAAAAUGUGUUUUUUAAAAUUUAGAGCUAUUUGUUUUUCUUAUCUUAAACCUGUGAAGAUAAUUGACUAAAACCCAACAGCUAAGACUUCCUUAAUUGAGAGAGAGAGAGAGAGCCCUCUAGCUGAAUCUGCUUUAUUGUGGCUACAAUCCUAAGCAUGCUUUCUAGGGAGCAAGCUCCAUUGAGCUCAGUAGACUAACUUCUGAAUAAACAUGUUUAGGAUUACACUGUAAAUUGAAAAUCUGUAUUAUGGCAGCUGCUCCAUUCGCCAGAGAGUGUUGCCACUCAGACUGUGACCUGAUGUAUGGGUCACACUUUGCAAUAGAGUUGGUACUGUAUUUCAGGAAGGACAUCACAGUUACAGAACAGGUGUUCUCGGGCAUUGCUUUUAAAAUCCAAAGAAAGAUGUAAGGUUAAAUGUGGACUCUCUCUUACUAACAGACAUAUUUUUUUCUUUCCCACUAGUGAAAUUGCAGGCAAACAUUUUACUACACCCUUAAUUAAAACUCAGUAGGGCUGCUGCUAGUUACAACUGUAUCAGGGUCCGUAUUUGGCUUGUAGGCUGCUGUGGAGCUACUUUGGAAAGAAGGAAGGUUGUCUUCUUUGCCACACUAGUUUAAAACUUGUGUCAUUUGUUGACACCUUUUUGUCUUUUUCACCAUAUGAAUCCAACUAAUUGGUUUCCCACCUGCAGGAGUUGUGUAGCCUCAAGCUAGUGCCGGGUAACCCUUUGGCAUCUGCACUGCUGAUCCUACAUUGCGUAUUCUAGGGAGAGCUAAGAGUGGCUUCAGAACUGCAGUUGCCUCCUUACACAACUAGAUCAAAAAGGCUUCAUUUAGCAUGCUGACUAGAACAUUCUACUGAAAGAGGAACUGUGAUAACAUGAAGCAAUGGCUUGCUGUCUUUGGCAUCUUGCCAGAACUAUCUGGAUAUAUUUCAAGCAAAUAUCAGGAUGCAUGUAUUUCAAGCAUGCACCUGUGAGUGAUGCUGAAAGGCGCUGAUUCAAAAUCCAUGCUUUAGAUGUAACUGCAAGUGCAGGUCCCAUAUCUUCUGAGAAUGAUGAUGGGAGUUGGCAGAACAUCAAAUUGUGUGUUCUGCCAUUUUUCUCUUUGGCAACUAAACAUUCCAAAUUUUUGAAUUGACUGCUAUUGACAGGGAAAUGUGCCAGGAGGCUGAGCCUCUACUAUGCCUUAUUUUUUCCAUCUCCUUCCUUAGCUAUGAUUUUUUUUCUAAACCUAAAUAAAUAUUGAUUUUGUUUAAGCUUUGUUAUUUGGAUGCCCUGGUACUAUGCUUGAGGCUACAUUGAGGUUGCAGGUAUAAUUAGUCUUGCAUAGUGAGUUCUGUGUGAUGUGAUAUAUCUGAUCCUGGGUUUUCAAAGAGCGCAGUUGUUGGCUCUUAAUUAAAAUUGUGGCAUUUGUACUAUAAAAACCCUUCAUUCUUCAGGUCAUUUUCUUGCCUUUUACCCUUGUAUUUAGGGUACUGGCUCUUGGGAUGAGAACUUUGGCGUGGACAUACCCUGAGUGAUUUAGAAUGAGUGAGGAAGCAAGCCACUUGUUUGUGGGUUUUUUCUUUCUUGUAGGAUUGCUGUAGACUGAAAUCAGGAGUAGUAUCAGGAAUGCCUACCAUUGCUAACUACUACUGUGAUUACUUCCAUUAUGUUAGUAACACCUUUAGCAUAUUGAACUAACAAAUAAUAGAUAUGUAUAUAUGGCCUUGGAAUAUGUCCAGAGUUGUGCUGGAGUACCAAGCCCUUUGACUUUGAAGAGGACAGAAGCCACAUUUGGAAUGCUUGGCCAAAUCAGUGGUGAACUUCCACUUACUGUCACCAAAGAUAACUCACCCAAAGCAUUGGUGAAGGUCUUUCCACCAAUGAAAAUGUUUUCAGGGCCAAAUGAAAAACCAUACAUCUGUCACUACUUGGUGUUCUAUUACAACCAUUUAAUGGUUGUAUAUCCUUGGGUGUACAAGGAUAUACACCCAAGUUCUGCUAUUGUAUAUCAACUUGCACUCUAGACCAGGAGAUGAUACUGGUUUCCUUAAUUUAAAAAAACACAAAAAAACCUAAGAUGGGGGAGUUUCACAUCAGUAGACAAUUUCUUACCCUGAAUCUCUUCAGACUGGGGAGUGACUUUCUAAUGUCAGCCUGCAGUGCCUGCUGUCCACUGCCAACUUUGCUCUAAAAAUUUCCUCUGCAAUUUCUAGUGCCUCUCAACCAUUCACAAUACUACCCUUGAUUCUCUUGUAUCUUUUCAUUUUUCCACUUAGUCUUGUUCAUACACAUUCAGAAUUUUUCCUUAGGUCUCAGGAUAGUGUUAAAACAUAUUCUGGAUUAGUUUUGUAGCUGAGAUAGUUUCUCAUCAAAGAUGCAGAGAUUUUCACUUCUUUGUUUCAUUUGUGCUAAUUCUAUCUCUUUAAAUAUAUUUGGCUGAGAUUGAUGUAGUGAUGAGUUUUAACUUUUUUUUUUCCCCCUUCCCCAUGAGCUGGGAGAACAAAUUCUACCUUCCAUAGUGGUAAGCAGGAAGUUUCUCUAGGCAUUUUGAAGGGUGCCUCUGCCUCUCAUUUAAACGUACUUUAUGCCUCUUUUCACAAGGUUGGUGUUUAAUUCUGUGAACUGAUCUGAGGAAUGACAUUUCAUAAAAAUGUAGAUUACUGCAAACAAAUCCUCCUUUAUGCAAACGCUCCAUUAUAAUAAGCUGCUUGCCCUUUUUGUCUCCCUCAUUCUGACUAUAUGCUGCACAGAGAGUGUGGUGGAAUGAAAGAUUUGCUUUUGAUAGUCAUCUGCAAAAUCGGGUAACUGUGGAAAAUGAUAAAUCUCUAGUGUGAAGAGAGGAUGAGUGCAAAAAUAAAUAUGUAUAUGUAUGUGGGUGGAUGUUUAUACACACACACAAAUAUAUAUAAAUAUAUAUUACUCUUAGAAAAAUAAAGAACUGUAUUGAUUCUUUUAAUGUGGGGAGAAAUUUACUUAGGGCUGAUUAUACGGAGAAUCUAGUUUAGCAGGUAUAUUUCACAAAACCAGCUUUACAGCAUCUAUGGCUAAUUGAUCUAAAAUGGAAUUCCAUGAGACAAAUGCAGCAGGACAAGAUGUAAGCGUGCAUGUGUGAAUCUAACAAGAUGUGGCGGGGUUUGUCAACAUCUUGGUACCUGUUUACACCAGGAACACAACAGGACUUGCCUUGCUCCUCCUUCAUCCUCCCUCUUAUGUCUAUCUGCGUCACUGCAAGAUGGUGAUCCAGUGUGCCUUUCUUCACCUUAGACAGGAGAAGAACUACUUAUAAUGGACAGCUUGCUUUUGGGGCUUUCAUGGCCUCCUUGGGAGAAGCAUAGAGGCGGCUGUCAAUAAGAUUACUGAAUGUCCUUGACACAUUUUAAGAACUUUGGUUAUAACUGCCCUCUUUCCAUUUAUUGCGCCUUCCCUCCUCACCAUCCCUAUUUUUCUUUUGUUUAAAUGUAAUCCCGGUUUUGUUUUUUGUUUUAAUAGAGGUGGUCUGAACAAGCCUUGGGCUACUUCUGUACAGUUCUGGUUUUUACUGAAACAGGUGUUGGGAAAACACUCUCACCAGUGGUUGCUGUUACAGUGUGAUCAAUAAAGAUCUUGAUUAUAUCAA